AUGACAAUUGACUAUAUAAAACCUUGUGAAACGAAGUCUUUGAUCCAUUCGUCCUGCGGGCAUUUCUACCCUUUCAAGAUUCCCCAACAACAUAAGCAACUUAAGAAUUUCAUAAGCACCAAAGACCCCAACAUCAUCUACUAUGCCUCUCACCAUGAGAUCUACGCUUUACACGUCUCUACACGGAAAAGAAAGCUGAUCAAGAGCUUACCCUGGCAGCCUGUUUGUCUUGACGCUGGCUACGGUUGGAUUUGUGUCGGUGGACGAGAAAACGGGCGAUGUGCUUUUAUCAGUAUCAACGAAAGCAGCGAUGGGCCGACGACAGCCUUCAGGCAGCAUGCCGAAGUCGAUGAGCUCUUGCCUCUGGACCUGGACCCCGAGUAUAGACGUACCAUCAGCGAUCCAAGUGUAGUCCUGCAAUGGCCUCGACCUUCCCAUGGGAGCUCGUAUGAGUUACAGACCCAUGAACUUGGGGCCGAUAUUGUCAACUCAAUCACAAUCCAUCUUCUACGAAGCGAGAAGAAUUGCCGAGAGGAUGAAGUCGUGGCUGUAUUGGCAAACAAUGACCAAAGCGUCCGAAUCUUCUCGCUGACACAGUCUCGUCUGCUUGAAACGCUCGAAUUCCCGAUUGCCAUGAAUCAUGCUUCGAUAUCACCAGAUGGGAAGCUUCUCCUUGCUGUUGGAGAUAGACAUACAGCCUUCUUUUGCAAAAGAGUGCGGUUACCUAGCGCUCUAAGCGAUGGCGUAUCGUCCUACGCAAGCUAUGAGUGGCAUGAGAUUGCGGGGCUCAAAUUGAGCCUCGCAGAAUCGAAGGAUGCCUGCUUCUCUACUGCCUUCUCGCCAUCCGGUCAUAUUUGCGCCGUCGCUUCGCAGAAUGGUGUUAUCACGAUCUUCGAUACAGCCUUGAUUCACGAUGAUAUGGAUGCUGAGGAAGCGGUAAUCGAUGUACUCAGGUCUUCUCGACCUUCAAUGUCCCCUAUCCACACAGGGGCUGUCCGAUCAAUGAGCUUCUCCCCAGGCCCAUGGGAUCUCUUAGCCUGUUGCAAGACUUAUUUGCGCAACGCAUUCCAAUCGAGGCAAACUAUCGACCUACACACCGACUCCCCAGGUCUCAUUAGAGCGGAAAUAGAAGAGUACGACACUACAUCAGAGCAGCGGCAACUAGAGAUCGAACGCAGGUUUGUGGAAAGGCACAGGGAGGCCUUGGAAGCACAAGAUCAGCUCGCUGCUGUAAUACGUACGGCGAACAACGUGGAGCUUGGCGCUGAGCGAAGAAGAAUUGAACGUGACGCUGCAGCAGCACAAGCAUCGCGUGAGCGGCAAUUGAUUGACUCCAUUGGCCUGCGACGUCUACAAGAAAGUAAUUCCGUUUCUUCUGGCAACCUUCCAACCGCUCCUAUUAGAGUGAACUACAACCCAUCGUCUACCGGACGGACAGAAUCUCGUGAAUGGAGUGGCAUCCCCUCUCCUUCAUCUAAUCCUCAAACUCGUUCAUCAGCGAGCAUCCAUGAUUUCAUACGCCAACGGGAGAGAACUCGCUUGAAUGACCGCUCAUAUCAACCGCGCCGCCGCAGUUCAGUCGUCAUGUCCAACUCGAACUCGAGUUCUAAUACCUCAUCACCUCACACUUCGAGCCUUACACCUGAUACGGCCACUCCAACCCUCUCUGCUUCCCCUUCGCGCCUUUCUGCUAGCACAAGCGACGCAAUCGCCACCAAUACCCCCUUCAAUCCCACGGAUCCUUGGCAAACCAUCACUGAUGCGAUGUCGUCUGCCGACAUCCCGCCUGAUACACUGCGCAGCCUGCAAUCAAGAAAUCUGGAACGUCGUGUGCAAGCUACAGCGGUACAGCAAGCUACCCUUGACCGUCCAAACGAGCUCAUGAUGGUCGAACAUGCAGAUGCGUUGGAGGCACGCGGUAAUCGUGCCAGAGAUAAUGUGCGAUCGUUGAGGCAGAUGAGAGCAGCCCACAGCAGAGCUGACGUCGUGUAUGAUGAGAUCGAUCGGGAGUUGCUGUUGAGAAGGUAUCAGAGAAGUCCUAGGCGGGAAGCGGGCCUCAUCACCAUGGGGAUCGGAUGGAGCGAAGACGGCCGCAAUUUGUUUGUCGCGACCGAGGAGGGAAUCUUGGAGUACAACGUCAACAUCGAAGGGAGGAAAACGUUCCCUGGUGCCUCAUUCUUGUGA